AAGAAUCCAUAUUUUCGGAGUACAGCAGUCCUUCUGCGUUCGAUUCGAAAAGAAUGAAGGGACCGCUUCUGCUUCCUCGUUCACAACACUGUAGCAAAUCAUCACAGCACUGCUAGACCACGUUUACAGCUUUCAAGAGCGAGUUAAUUGCGACUGCGUAUUGUUUUUUUCUUAUUAUUUUGAUAUUUUAGUGCUAGAAAGAAGGAAAAAGGGUGAAAUCUAAGGCCCAUGUCCCUUUAUUUAUUUCCUUUCUUUUUUUAAACGACGGUGUUGCUAAGAAAACGUUGGAAGCAUUUUCGUUUAUUUUAGCAUCUAGAACGGUUGUAAAUACAUUUCAGAAUACAAUGGCUCGCCCUCGGCCCAGGGAGUACAAAGCUGGAGAUCUUGUUUUUGCCAAAAUGAAAGGAUACCCGUACUGGCCAGCGAGGAUUGAUGAACUCCCAGAAGGAGCUGUGAAACCUCCAGCAAACAAAUACCCAAUCUUCUUCUUUGGCACUCAUGAAACUGCGUUUCUGGGUCCAAAGGAUCUUUUUCCAUACAAGGAAUAUAAAGAUAAGUUUGGGAAGUCAAACAAGAGGAAAGGAUUCAAUGAAGGCUUGUGGGAAAUUGAGAACAACCCCGGGGUGAAGUUUACCGGGUAUCAGGCAAUGCAGCAACAGAGCUCAUCAGAGACUGAGGGAGAAGGGGGGAACACAGCCGACGCCAGCAGUGAGGGUGAGGAGGGGGACUCAAUAAUGGAGGACGGCAAAGGCAAGAGGAAGAGUGACAAGACUGGCUCCAAGCGAAAGAAGGCAUUGUCGACAAAGAAGUCAUCUAAGCUGUCAAGGAAGUCCUCUGGAGAGGAGGAAGGUGAUAAGGACAGUAAGGAGGAAGAUCACAAGAGCAGUUCGGAGGCUAGAGACCCAGAUAACGACACGCGGAACGCUUCAGACACCAAGAAACCCAGCGAAGGGCAGCGCUGACAAGUGAAGUUUUUCAAUCUCACGUUGAAGAACAGUUUCAUGGCCAUGUUUGGUAUGAUCUGGCAGUUCAUGGCUGUAACAUCCCACUUUGCCAAUCACACACGUUUUGUGGCCUGGAAAUAAAUCUCAGACAAAUGUACUAAGCAAUUAAGCACUGUUUUACUGGUUAAAUCUUUCUCUUUAGUGAUAACUUUUAAUACGCAUUUGCAAGUGGAAAACGUACCGUCUGUCUGUCUGUCUGUCAUCUACAAUAAAAGUCUGCAAACUUCACCAAGUCUUGUAAAUAAUACCAAUGUACAAAACCUGUUAGUGUUUGUUAUAGAGAGCCAGUGCCAGAACAACACCCUUUUUCAAAGAAAUAAAACUUCAGCAGCAAUCCUGCCAACACAUGGUGGUAAAGAUGAUUAUUUAACGAAUACAGUAGAUACAAUGUAUUAAACUAUCAAACCCAAUAUGCUUUCCUGUAGGAGAUGGGGCAUAAUCUUUUCAUAGCAUUGCUCCUAUCUCCCAGUCCUGCAUGCCUGAAACUAAGCUGAAAUAAAGUGUGUUAGGAAUUCUGAAAAGGGCAUAUUCAACCCACCAAAUGGUGCCGUGCAUGCAGUGUUCCAGUGACAUACUGUACAGAGACACGUUUUAAGAAUACCCAAACAAGAAAAAUCCAUGCAUGUAGGUUUGAAAGAAGGAUUUUAUGAAUAUAAAAGACAUGCAGACUGACCUAUAGGCAUAAAAUGAAGAAUAUUCCAAGUCAGGUUUGACAAUCAGGUUUAAUGAGAUGUGUUCUGUGUCUGGUUGUGGAGCAUUAAAAGCAUUUGACAGGAGGGCAGGCUGUUUUGAAAUUGCUGGCCUGUGGCUCCUACUGCAGUAGUGCCAAAUCUUUGAGCGGCAAGUUAAAAACUUUCUUUAAAGGCCUGUUCACACCAGAUGUGAUGCGACAAGCGAGCGUGUAGUGUGAAACACAACGCCAUGACAAAAAAUUAAUACAACAUGUAGUUUUGAUACAAACAAUUCAAACUGCCUGCGAUGUGACGGGGCAACACAACCGAUGCUAGAUGCUAAAAAACAGGAUUGGUACUAAUUGGUUCUGAACAAUGGCCAAUCAGAGGAGAGUCGCCUAUUGCAUUGCGAGUGCCUCUCGCCACUGGUGUGACUGUUGUGGUUUCGUAGCCUGGCUCAUCAAUUCUGCUUUGAAAUCUUUCACUUGAACUUCAGCAGUCUUUAUAGCAAGCAGUAUGCUUGUCUGCCUUUAAUGGUAAUGUAUGUCUUUUUUUUUCCAAACUUAAUUACUCAGAGAAGAAUGCUAAAUGUUGUGAAGGCCUCCUUAAGGGAGUCAUUUAUUGUGGCUGUCAAGUGUUACUGGAGUUGUGAAAUUAUCAUUGUUUUUCCAUUGUCUGCUGCAAUACAAGGUUUCCAUUAGUAGAAGCUCACACACACACACUUGUCUGUCUUUCCACAUUACAUUCCAUUGGAUUCAGUAAAGCACGAUCACUCUGGUCCUGUCACAUCAAUACCACAGAAGUUACUGUCAACAAGAUCUCUUUUAUAUUUACAAAUCCCAUUUCCAGAAAAAACACAUUAUGUAAGUAUGUGUUACAAUGUUCAGAUCAAACUUGUAUAGUAGUUAACUGUUUUCAUUCAAACAGAACAGUUAAGCUAGUGAAUAGUCUACCCUUAAGAUCCCAAGGUUUCUAAAACCAUGGCCUCAUUAGUACUUGUUUACCCUCAAUUAAAAGUUUACAAUUGUGAUUUUGUUAUUUUAUUACAAUUAUAAUAAAUGUUAUUUUUUAUGAAGGAAAAUCAAAUCUAUGUGAAAUGGUCAUGGUGUGGGGUAAAGAAACAGCUGACUAGCAUUUUCAUUUUCCUGUCACCUUGUGAAGGUCAAAGUAUACAGUGCUGACACUUGUUUUUAGCUCAUGUCUUGAAGGGGUCUGAUCCCCACAGCAUGAUUAAUGUCAGGUGAUUUGAUCUGCUGCCUACUUUUAAGAUGUUGUACAAGCUCUCGCUCUUCCAUUUCAGGACUUUGUUGGAAACAGGUCCUAUGUUUUAAAUUAAUCUUCAGAAGCAAGCUCAAAUCUACUAUAAUUCUCUACUCUAAAAGUAAUUAGAUCUUGGUUGGAACAGAGACCUGAAACGGAAGAGAAUGUACUGGAAAGGCUAAAAUUGCAGACCAAUAACCAGGCUAUUGUUCUUGGGAAACCUGUUGUUCCAGGCAACCAGCUUCAAGUUAUUUUAAUUAUGACUGUACAUAAAAACACCGCUCAAAGUGGGCUACAAAAACCCUGCCCUUUCCUGAUCACAUUUCACCGGUUCAGAACGAAAGCAUUCUGUUAACAAUCUGCGACAGUUACCUUUUUCUUUGUUGUUUUUUGUCGAUUAGAAA